AUGAGCGUAGCACGCCCGGUCGCCAGCAGGCUCAUCUUUGGGCGCCUGGCCCCGGCACCGGCCUCUUCGCUAUGUACGGCGGCCACGGUUGCUGGCCCCUCGACAACGACGGCAUCAGUGACGGCGACAACACCAGCACCAUGUCAUCACCAGCGCAUUUUCGCCCACCACUUCCACAGCUCGCCGCAACUGGCGGCCCGCCGGAAACCACGCUUCUCCAGCAUACGGGCCGCCGAGAUGGGUCUGGUCGACGACAAGAAGAUCGAUGAGUUUGCGAAAGAACACUUCCCCAAGUACACGGACAAGGACUUCGAGGAGCUAUCCCACCAGUACUCGGCCAAGCACCUCGAGGCCAUCAAGGCCGCCGAGGAGGCCAUUGACCCCCGUGAUCUGACGAUUCAGGGCCGCCUGCGCGUCGACCCCUACACCAUGCAGUACAUCGACGACUUCGCCGAGUACCAGCCCAUGAUCGACAAGCGGCCACAAAACAAGAUGCCGCCGGAUCCGCACGCGAGGUUCAUGAACCUGGACGAGUUCACUCGGGACCUUGUGGACUGGGCCGAGCAGUUCCAACAGGGUGAUGUGACGGGGAAGCUCAAGACGCUGUACGACUUUGUGCCGGAGGAGUGGAAGACCAAGCACGAGGCGCAGUGGCCGAACGAAGUGAAGCAGAAGGCGCACCGCGAGUUCCAAAAGUAUCUGCAGGCCGAGGUGGAGCGGCAGAUGAAGAACCCGGACGACAAUGACGGCCCGACCGAUGCCGAUAUCCUGCAAUACAUCUUUGAACGGUCCGCUAUGACCGAUAACAACCUCCAGUCCAACUCCUCGGUCGCCUAUGGCUUGCCCAAGCCGCUGCCCGGUGUGGCCGGCAUGUACAAGAAGCCGAUUGACCCAGCUGAUGAGGGGUUGGAUGACUCGGGUGUGUACCAGGACCUGAAGCGGCGGACGGGCAUGUCGGUCCGUGAGAUUCUGAACAUCCAGACACGCUGCAUUGUGUCGCGGUGGGUUGCGAACCAGACUCGACUCGGCAAGAUCCGCAAGUCUUCGGUCGUUUGGAUCGCCGGCAACGGCAAUGGCUGGCUGGGAAUUGGCGAGGCGAAGUCGACGGAAGCUUCUGUCGCCAACCUCAAGGCUCGCCUGAAUGCUAUUGCUAACAUGCGGCCUAUCCGCCGCUAUGAGGACCGCACUAUCUACGGUGAGGUUCAAGCCAAAGUCUCGGGCACCAUCGUUAAGAUGGCUGCUCGCCCUCCUGGCUUCGGUCUUCGCGUCUCGCACCGCAUCUUCGAGAUGUGCCGCUUCGCAGGCAUCAAAGACCUGGCCGCCACCAUGCCGCGCUCGCGCAACCCCUUCAACUCGGUCCGCGCCGCCUACCAAUGCCUGCUAAAGCAGCGCGACCCGGAGGAGAUCGCCAUGGGCCGCGGAAGGAAACUGGUCGACGCCCGCAAGGUGUACUACGGCGGCGCUGUGUAUUAA